AUGUGGUUGACGCCUUUAAGGACUGUGAUUUCAUGUCGCUAUAUUCAGCAUGAUGAAAAGUUUUUCAUCAGCAUGAACGUGAGUAAAAAGAAAGGAGAUGGGGAUAUACUGAAGGAUCUUAUGAAAACUGCAGGCACCGCCAAGUUAUCCUUUGGAACAUCUACUCUUCUUGAGAUUCAGGCUUCAUCUCCAAUGGGUUUGGGUGUGAGGAUCCCCACGGUGACACUGCACAUGACCGAACUGUUUGACCCAACUGUAGAGCAGCUGUACAGCAUCUUCACUGUGAAAGAUCUGGUGCAGAAAUUUUCUAAAUCUCUUGCUAUAUUAGAAGCUGAAAAAGGAGGGACAUUCCAAAUGUUUGAUGGGAAAAUCACCGGCGAAUAUGUAGAAUUGUUGACAAAUAAAAAGAUCGUCAUGAAAUGGAGAUAUAGGAACUGGCCAGAAGAACACCAUGCGACAGUUGCACUGAAUUUUGUGCCUACUCCAGGGCAAACGGAAUUGCAGUUGGACUGUAAAGGAGUUCCUGUUUGUAAAGAAGAGGGCAUGAAAUCCUGUUGGCAGAAGCAGCAUUUUGAAGAAAUAAAAUGUUUAGUGAAGCUGACUACCCUAAAUGGUUGAAUUAGUUAGAAGAUUUUGUAAGUCUACCUCUUCUCAAUCCUUUUAAAAAAGAAAACACCCUUAAUUUAUAUUGGAUGAAAUCCAUGACCUCUUACAGAAUUCAAAACAUUGUUUGAAUCUUUACUACGCUUGGACUCUCAUUGGGUUAAAAGUAGCAAGCAAUGUGGAAAUUAGGUAUUAACCUUACCUCCCAUAGAUGCUCCUCUGGGAACAGAUUGAGCCUCUGAGUACAGAUAGUUGAAGUUUCCCACUAAAGCUUGUCCUGGCAAGCCACUCUGUAGUUUUAGUUCAGGAAGACAAAAAAGUAAGUGGCAUGUCGAUACUUUUCCUUUAUUUCACUUCAGGGUUUUAAGGUCUGGAGCUCUUUAGGUAGCAUAGCAGCCAUGUGUUCAGAAGCAUGUUGGAGUGAGGUGCCUUGGGCCUUGUCAUCAGGCUACUCCCCACAGUGGUUAUGCACUCCAGGCGGAGGACUGACAGGCUGUGGGGCAGCUUACGUUCUGGAUCGCCGCCAGCACUAAGGAAAUAGAGUAUAAUGGAGAAAUGCUUCCCUCCCGCUCAGUGUCCUCAUUACUUUCAUCUGAGAAGACUAAAGCAAUGUUAAAUGUAAACAAAUGAAAAGUCAUCACAAUCAGUUUAAUUAAGUGCACAGAAUAGCAAUCAAUCAGUCAUGUCAAUAAAAAUAAAACAAUUAUUUUUA